CAUGCAUCUUGUACGAGUGUACCAUCUGAAUCCUCCUUCCCACAACAGUCCACCCUGAACAUCGCUAUGGAGAGCUGUUCUUCCUCACGUAUCCGUGUCAUACAGGUAAAGUCUUCUGAUGUUCAAAGCCUUGCUUUUGAUUCAACACCACUCCUUGAGUCUCUCAUGACUAGUCCCAGCAAAUUUGAGCAGAAGGAUUGAUCUGUGGAGAGACGGUACUGUGGCUCUCACUGGUCUUGGCCUAUUAAGUGGCGUUCAAAAUGUCACCAAGCUUUGUCAGCCCCAGCGAAACAAUAACCCCAGUUCGUGCUUUUGUUCAACCAUGCCUGAGACUGGAUGACACGGUAGGUCUGAACCAUGCCGUACAAGCUGAAUCAUCCAAGGUAUGCAAUGCAUCCGAAUAGCAUAUCUUGAGCAUUGUGGCCCUUGAUUGGGAAGUCUCUCCGACUUAUGCAGGAGAGCUUUGUCGGCGGUUGGUGAUCUCACUGAGCCUGCGCUGUCAAUGCAUAUUCGUACGACUCAUGUUCGCAGCCAGCCUGGUAAGCGGAUGGGUUAUAUGAACCUGGGGAUACUGUUGGUGAAAUGAGCAUCAAAUACAUUCACUAUCAUCACAUCUUUCCCUAGCGCCCCAAGAACAUCCAUCACUCAACAUGACAUCGACAACAAAGCUCCCCCCGGUCACACUUUCAGCAGCAGUGCAUCCCACUGACCCGAUAACCACUACUAUCUCCACCAUCCCAUUGCCAACAUCCCUGCUGCCCAAUGAAGUGUUGAUCAAAGUAUAUGCUGUCGCUUCAAAUCCAAAAGAUUGGCUGCAUAUUGCUGCCACGGGCGUGUCGCUCAAUUCCGGAGAUGACCUGGCUGGCGUUAUCGUGGCCACUGGCUCAAACGUAUCCAGAUUUCGACCCGGGGAUCGGGUUGCUGCUUUCCAUCCGAUGGGGAAGCCGUACGGAGCGUAUGCUCAAUACGCCAUUGCCCCAGAACAUACCGCUUUCCACGUUCCAGAGACCAUGAGCUUUGAAGAAGCCAGUACUAUCCCGCUUGUCAGUCUAACAGCCGCUUUGACAUUGUUUCGAAGACAAGGCUUUGCCGCUCCCUGGGAUCCGAAUGCAGAGAUCAAAAACCAGAGGCCAUUCCUGGUGUAUGCCGCCUCCACAUCCCUCGGCACUUACGCUAUCAAGCUUGCAAAACUCGCUGGCGUUACGCCGAUCGUUGCGAUCGGCGGAGCAAGUAGCGAUUACCUCAAGGGUCUGCUCGAUCUUCCUCGCGAUGUGUUUCUCGAUUAUCGAGCAGGGGUGCAAACGAUAAAAGAGCAGGUCAGACAAGUCGCAGAGGAACAAAAAUUGACAUUGGAAAACGGGCUUGAUGCGUUUAAUAAUGACGAAAGCUGGGUCCAUGUCAGUCAGAUGCUUCACCGGGGAACGCUCAGUGUCUUCUCUGGCGCCAAAAGGUACGACGAGGAAGCCAUUUCAAAGGACGUAAAGAUACUCUACACCUUUGUUGGUACAGGGCAUGAAGGUUCCUACAGACACGGAAUGCCCAAGCAACCUUCGGCAGAGGAUGCACGCGGAGAUGUUGACUUCGCCAGGAAAUUCUUCGUCUGGCUUGAAGACGUUCUGAGACAGGGAAAGUACUCUGGUCAUCCGUACGAAAUCAUUCCCGGAGGCCUUGACGGCGUGUCCGAGGGCCUAAACAGGCUUAGAGGUGGUCAGUCCAAGGGCAAGAAGCUCGUGUACCAGGUUGAACACGGUGUCGACGAGUAGCGGUCGGGUUAGAAUAGCAGUUACACUUAUGAUGUUCGCCAUCUUCCUUCACUACUGCGAGAGGAAGCCCAGCUUUACAAUUGGUCAAGGCUUGAUGAGCUCACGCUCAAUUUAUG